CUGAGAAAUUGGAGAGGGUGAAACUUUUAGUCCAGACUCUAGACAGAGAGAGACCAGAGAGAUAAUGGCAGCUCCAUUGGAACUUCCUGCAAGUGUUUUUUUUUAUUUUCAUGGAAGAAUUCAGCGAAACGUUCAAGCAUGAACAUCCUAACUACAAGUCAUUCGCCAUUGUAGGGAAAGCUGGUGGAGAGAAAUGGAGAUCCAUGUCUCCUGCUGAAAGAGGUGUUUAUGAAGCUAAAGCAGAAGCAAGGAGGACUCAUUACAUCAACAGCAUACAAGCUUCUGAUGAAGAUGAGUCAGAUUCAGACGACAGUGAAGAGGUUGUUGACGACUCACUUCCGGAUACAGUCGAACCCAGAAGACCAGCGAGUGCCUUUUUCUGUUUCCUGGAUGAAUUUAGACACACAUAUAAGAGUAAACACCCUAAUAACAAGUCAGUCAGCGCUGUAGGCAAAGCUGGAGGAGAUAAAUGGAGAUCAUUGUCUGAUGCUGAGAAAGCUCCUUAUGUAGCUGAAGCAGAGAAAAGGAAGGCUGAGUACAACAAAGUGAAGGAGUAGUUUCCGAUGAAGAUGAAUCAGAUGACUCAUUUGACUCCAACGAAUCAGAGUCUGAUGAAGAUAAUGAAAGUGAAGAGGUAGAUCAAGACAGACCUGAACGGCCUUCCAGUGCCUAUUUCAUUUUCAUGGAAAAAUUCAGACAAGCAUACAAGGAAAAGCAUCCAAACAAUAGAUCUGUCUGUGUUGUAGGCAAAGCUGGAGGAGAUAGAUGGAAAUCAAUGUCCGAUUCUGAGAAAGCUCCUUAUGUAGCAAUGGAAAAGCAAAGGAAAAUCGAGUAUCUCAAGUACUGGGAAGCACAUGAGAAGAAGGCUGUGAGCCCUUGGAAGAACGCAGAUGAGGAAUAGAAGAGGGUGAUGUAAUGAAGAAGAUGAUUUAGUUGGUGUAGUUGGCCAUCUUUGUUCUCUGUUUACUACUACUACUCUUGAUCAAUGUAAUCAACAAAAAGUGGUGUUUUCUUAUAUAGAAGCUUGCAUCAUCUAUAGUACAAUGUUUCUAUGUGGGCACUUUCUAGGCCUUCGUUCUUAUUCUUGUGUAUAAGUUUCAACCUUUUGCAGCUAAUUU